CCGCGCCGCCGCUCUUUCCGACCCUGUCUCCCUUUACGGCAAUCGCGAAAGUGUCGCGAACGGGCCGCCGCGGAUCAGAGUCACUCAGUCGCCUGGAGUAGGAGGUCUUAUUUCAAGCCGUGUGCUUUCGGGGGUCGGGGUAAAGAUCAGCCACAAAAAGCUGUGAAACAAAAGAAAUUAUUCUCUUCAAAUAAAAGACAGCCAAGAUCCAUGAGUGGGCAUCGAUCAACAAGGAAACGAUGCGGAGAUUCUCACCCGGAGUCCCCUAUGGGCUUCGGGCAUAUGAGUACUCCAGGGUGUGUAUUAAAUAAAUUGUUUCAGUUACCUACGCCACCAUUGUCAAGACAUCAACUAAAGCGGCUAGAGGAACACAGAUAUCAGAGUGCUGGACGGUCCCUGCUUGAGCCCUUGAUGCAGGGCUAUUGGGAAUGGCUAGUUGGAAGAGUUCCCUCCUGGAUUGCCCCAAAUCUCAUCACCAUCAUCGGAUUGUCAAUAAACAUCUGUACAACUGUUUUAUUAGUCUUCUACUGUCCCACAGCCACAGAGCAGGCACCUCUGUGGGCAUAUAUUGCGUGUGCAUGUGGCCUUUUCAUUUACCAGUCUUUGGACGCUAUAGAUGGGAAACAGGCAAGAAGAACCAAUAGUAGUUCUCCUUUGGGAGAACUUUUUGAUCAUGGUUGUGAUUCACUAUCAACAGUUUUUGUGGUUCUUGGAACUUGUAUUGCAGUGCAGCUGGGGACAAACCCUGAUUGGAUGUUUUUUUGUUGUUUUGCUGGAACAUUCAUGUUCUAUUGUGCACACUGGCAAACAUAUGUUUCUGGAACAUUGCGAUUUGGAAUAUUCGAUGUUACAGAGUCCCAGAUCAUAAUUAUAAUAUGCCAGCUUCUCACAGGAACCCUGGGACCUUGGUUCUGGAACUUCACGACUUUCAGACUUCUAAUUUCUACUGCCCUGUUUUUGUACCAGAUUCCAGUGCUGAAUAUCCAAAUGAAAAUUUUUCCUGCACUUUGUACUGUAGCAGGGACCAUAUUUUCCUGUACAAAUUACUUCCGUGUAAUCUUCACAGGUGGUGUUGGAAAAAAUGGAUCAACGAUAGCAGGAACAAGUGUCCUUUCUCCUUUUCUCCAUAUUGGAUCAGUGAUUACAUUAGCUGCAAUGAUCUAUAAGAAAUCGGCAGUUCAGCUUUUUGAAAAGCAUCCCUGUCUUUAUAUACUGACGUUUGGUUUUGUAUCUGCUAAAAUCACUAAUAAGCUUGUGGUGGCACACAUGACUAAGAGUGAAAUGCAUUUGCAUGACACAGCAUUCAUAGGCCCAGCACUUUUGUUUCUGGACCAAUAUUUUAACAGCUUUAUCGAUGAAUAUAUUGUACUUUGGAUUGCCCUGGUCUUCUCCUUCUUUGAUUUGAUCCGCUACUGUGUCAGUGUUUGCAAUCAGAUUGCGUCUCACCUGCACAUACAUGUCUUCAGAAUCAAGGUCUCGACAGCUCAUUCUAAUCAUCACUAAUGACAUACUUGGUGUCAUAUAGGAAACUCACGUUUUCUGCAGGAAAGAAUCAGAACAUAUUAAGGAGAAUGGGGUGGAUAAGAACAAAUAUAAUUUAUAAUAAUCAAUGUUGUAUAACUUUUCUUUGUUACUGGUAACACUCCUUAACUAUCCUGUGUGAGAAUGGGAAUUUCAAUCCCAUCCUGUAAUUGUACAUGUUGUCAUACAGGGUUUGGCCCAAGGAAGCAUGCAGGAAAAAUUGCCAUGUGUUUGUAAUUAUCUUGGAUUCAGAAUAAAAUUGUCCUGGGGAGCAGAUUCCCAGUGGUGGAGAUUUCUCAUGUAGAAUAUUUGCAGGCCCAAAGAUGGUUGCUUUAUAAUUUUAACAAAUCAUCAUCUUUUAGUGACAUCCUUGUUUAGUCUCUUCUCAAGCUUUCUUUACUAAGGAGCUCAGCUUGUGGCACAGAUAUAUCCUACUAGCUUGUGCAGUGGAGUUAGUGAUAAAGACCUUGAAUUUGAAUUGAAAGGUUUCCUAUCUUUACAUUGUUGAGGAGGUAAUUUUUUUUAUUGCUCAAGAAAUGGUAUCUCUCAUGGGCUUGGGAUUUCCUGUUAGCAUGCAGAAUAAUGUGGUAACUUUGUUGAUCCAUUUUAUUUUUUUAAAUAAAUAUAUGACCUGAAAGCCAGCCUUUUUCUCAAUUUUAUUCAGUGGAAAGAUAGACUAAGUUUUAAUGUCAUUUUUUUUUAAGCAAAAUUUAUUUCUGUUCUUUAAUAAAUGAGGAAAUUCGGUCA